CAAUUAAGGCUCUCCGGUCGGCCCGAGGAGAGAGAGGAGAGGGAGAUAGAAAAGAGCCGCACACAGGACCCACUAUCUCUUUGCUUUUUACACCGCACCGUGACGGGACCGCGCGGGGAGGAGGACCGCGCACACACACUGCGCUCACUGUGAGCGGCGCACUGAGCGGAGAGGAGACGAGGAGGACGGACCGCAGGACGCAGCAGGACUCUCAUCGAGCCUCAUCCAGACGACAAACUACAACGGGAGAAAGCAAGCGCUUAGAGAGGGAGCGGUCCUGAGUUGAACAGACUCCACCCUUAACCCAGCCAGUGAACGGAGAGACACCCGAGAGCAUAAAAAUGAGUGGCUCCCACCCCCGCCUCCACCAGAGCGCCGCGCCCGCUCCCAACGCUCUCUCCCCCGACAAGGACGCAGAAAUGCCCGCCACGGAGAAAGACCUGGCCGAGGACGCUCCCUGGAAGAAGAUCCAGCAGAACACCUUCACCCGCUGGUGUAACGAGCACCUGAAAUGCGCAAACAAGCGGCUCGCAAACCUCCAGACGGACCUGGGAGACGGACUGCGGCUCAUCAGUCUCCUGGAGGUCCUGUCCCAGAAGAAGAUGUUCAGAAAGUACAACCAGAGGCCGACCUUCCGUCAGAUGCAGCUGGAGAACGUCUCGGUUGCUUUGGAGUUCCUGGACAAAGAGAAUAUCAAGUUGGUCUCCAUAGACUCUAAAGCCAUCGUGGAUGGGAACCUGAAGCUGAUCCUGGGUCUGAUCUGGACCCUGAUCCUCCACUACUCCAUCUCCAUGCCCAUGUGGGACGAGGAGGAGGAGGCGGACGACUCCGGCCGCCAGAAGACCCCCAAGCAGCGCCUGCUGGGCUGGAUCCAGAACAAGCUGCCCGAGCUGCCCAUCACCAACUUCAGCAAGGACUGGCAGAGCGGCCGGGCACUGGGGGCACUGGUCGACAGCUGCGCUCCAGGUCUCUGCCCUGACUGGGACCAGUGGGACCAGAGCAAGCCGGUGGACAAUGCCCGGGAGGCCAUGCAGCAGGCGGAUGACUGGCUGGGGAUCCCCCAGGUGAUCACUCCAGAGGAGAUCGUUGACCCCAACGUGGACGAGCAUUCGGUCAUGACCUACCUGUCCCAGUUCCCCAAAGCCAAGCUGAAGCCCGGCGCUCCCCUGAGACCCAAGCUCAACCCAAAGAAGGCGCGCGCCUACGGACCAGGCGUGGAGCCCACCGGCAACGUGGUGAUGAAGAAGGCGGUGUUCACCGUGGAAACCAUCAGCGCUGGGAUGGGAGAGGUGCUGGUGUACGUGGAGGACCCCGCGGGACACAGAGAGGAGGCUAAAGUGACGGCCAACAAUGAUAAGAACCGCACCUACUCCGUAUUCUACAUUCCCAAAGUCACUGGAAUGCACAAGGUCACGGUGCUGUUUGCAGGACAGCACAUCUCCAAGAGCCCCUUUGAGGUUGAGGUUGGCAUGGCCCAGGGAGACUCCACCAAGGCCACCGCCCAGGGACCUGGCCUGGAGCUGACGGGAAACAUCGCAAACAAGGCCACCUACUUUGACGUUUACACCGCAGGCGCUGGUGUUGGGGAGGUGGAGGUGGUGAUCAUGGACCCCACCGGUAAGAAGAACACGGUGGAGUGCACCAUCGAGGACAAGGGCAACAGCAGCUACCGCUGCACCUACAAGCCCACCCAGGAGGGCCAGCACAUCGUCUACGUCACCUUCGCCGGGGGGGCCAUCAGCAAGAGCCCCUUCACCGUCACCGUGGGAGAAGCCUGUAACCCUAGCCUGUGCAGGGCCAAGGGCCGCGGGCUGCAGCCCAAGGGCCUCAGGGUGAAGGAGACGGCCGACUUCAAGGUCUACACCAAGGGAGCCGGCACCGGGGAGCUCAAGGUCACCAUCAAGGGCCCCAAGGGUCUUGAGGAGCCGUGCAAGAGGAAGGAUCUGGGAGACGGAGUGUAUGGCUUCGACUACUACCCCACCAACCCCGGGACCUACAGCAUCACCAUCACCUGGGGCGGACAGCACAUCCCUCGCAGCCCCAUCGAGGUGAAGAUCGGGGCGGAGGCGGGGCAGCAGAAGGUGCGGGCCUGGGGCCCCGGGCUGGACGGAGGCGUCGUCGGGAAGUCGGCUGACUUUGUGGUGGAGGCGGUCGGCGACAACGUGGGCACGCUGGGCUUCUCCGUGGAGGGGCCCUCCCAGGCCAAGAUCGAGUGUGACGACAAGGGCGACGGCUCGUGCGACGUGCGCUACUGGCCCACGGAGGCCGGCGAGUACGCCGUGCACGUGCUCUGCAACAGCGAGGACAUCCAGCACUCGCCCUUCAUGGCGGAAAUCGUCAACCCGCCGGGGAAAGACUUCUACCCCGACAAGGUGAAGGCCUUCGGUCCCGGUCUGCAGAGCACUGGGCUGGCUGUGGGGAAACCCACAGAGUUCACCGUCGACGCCAAGCUGGGAGGCAAAGCGCCCCUGAAGAUCGUGGCUCAGGACGGGGAAGGGACCCCCGUGGAUGUCCAGAUGAAGGACAACGGCAACGGGACCUACGCCUGCACCUACACCCCCCGCAAGGCCCUGAAGCACACGGUCAUGGUCUCCUGGGGCGGGAUCAACAUCCCGGACAGCCCCUUCAGGAUGACCAUCGGCGCCGGCUGCCACCCCAACAAGGUGAAGGUGUCUGGACCGGGAGUGGCCAAGACCGGCCUCAAGGCCUUCGAGCCCACCUACUUCACGGUGGACUGCGCUGAAGCUGGCCAAGGGGACAUCAGCAUCGGGAUCAAGUGUGCUCCCGGAGUGGUGGGCCCGGCCGAGGCGGACAUCGACUUCGACAUCAUCCGCAACGACAACGACACCUUCACCGUCAAGUACACACCGCCCGGCGCCGGCAGCUACACCAUCAUGGUGCUGUUCGCCGACCAGGCCAUCCCAAUGACCCCCAUCAGGAUCAAGGUGGACCCGUCCCACGACGCCAGCAAGGUGAAGGCGGAGGGGCCCGGACUCAGCCGCAGUGGUGUGGAUCUGAACAAGCCGACCCACUUCACGGUCAACACCAAGGGCGCCGGCAAGGCCAAGCUGGACGUGGCCUUCAGCGGGCCGACCAAAGCCGAGGCCGUCAAGGACUUUGAGAUCAUCAACAACCACGACAACACGCACACUGUGAAGUACACGCCUGUGCAGCAGGGUGCUCUAGGGCUGGCUGUGACCUACGGAGGAGACAACAUCCCCAAGAGCCCCUUCAGCGUGGGCGUGGUGCCCUCGCUGGACCUCAGCAAGAUCCAGGUCACCGGCCUCGGCAACAACAUGACCGUGGGCAAGGACCAGGAGGUGACGGUGAAGUCCAAGGGCGCCGGCGGCCAGGGCAAGGUCGCCGCCAAGGUGACCGGGCCUGCAGGAAAGCCUGUGGCCAGCAAGGUGGAGCCAGGCCUGAGCCCGGAGACCAGCCAGGUGAAGUUCAUCCCCCGGGAGCAGGGGCCGUACCAGGUGGAGCUGACCUACGACGGAGCUCCCAUCCCCGGCUCCCCCUUCAAGCCCACCGCCUACCCGGCCACAGACCCGUCCAAGGUGCGCUGCUCCGGCCCAGGCCUGGAGCGGGCCAAGGUGGGGGAGACGGGGGAGUUCGUGGUGGACUGUACCAACGCCGGGCCUGCCGAGCUGACCAUUGAGAUCAUCUCCGACAGCGGCACCGAGGCGGAGGUCCACAUCCAGGACAACGGGGACGGGACCUACACCAUCACCUACAUCCCGCUCUACCCGGGCUCCUACACGCUGACCAUCCGCUACGGGGGCCAGGACGUGCCCAACUUCCCCGCGCGCCUCAACGUGGAGCCGGCCGUGGACGCCAGUGGCGUGCGCGUCUUCGGGCCCGGAGUCGAGGGCAAAGGCGUGUUCCGCGAGGCCACCACAGACUUCACGGUGGACGCCCGUGCGCUCACGCAGAAGGGCGGCGACCACAUCAAGACCCUGAUCAGCAACCCAUCAGGCAGCCGGACGGACGCCCUGGUCAGGGACCUGGGAGACGGGACCUACAGCGUGGAGUACACGCCCUACGAGGAGGGACCCCACAGUGUGGAGGUGGCCUACGACAGCAGUCCGGUUCCCAAGAGCCCGUUCCGCGUGGCGGUCUCGGAGGGCUGUGACCCGGGGCGUGUGCGUGUGCACGGCCCGGGGCUGAAGGGGGGCAUCACCAACAAGGCCAACAAGUUCACCGUGGAGACCCGCGGGGCUGGCACCGGGGGGCUCGGCCUGGCCGUGGAGGGGCCCUCGGAGGCCAAGAUGUCGUGCACCGAUAACAAGGACGGCAGCUGCAGCGUGGAGUACAUCCCCUACGAGGCGGGCACCUACAACCUGAACAUCACCUACGGAGGCCAGCCCAUCACCGGGAGCCCGUUCUCCGUGCCGGUCAGCGACACGGUGGACAGCACCAAGGUGAAGUGCCAGGGGCCCGGCCUGGGGGCCAACGUCAGGGCCAACGUGCCUCAGGCCUUCACCGUGGACGCCUCCAAGGCGGGAGUGGCCCCACUACAGGUCCGCGUGCAGGGACCCAAGGGUCUGGUGGAGCCCGUAGAGCUUGUGGAUAAUGGGGACCAGACUCACACCGUCAACUACGUCCCCACAAAGGAGGGGCCGUACUCCAUCAACGUGCUCUAUGCCGAUGAGGAGAUCCCCCGCAGCCCCUAUAAGGUGAAGGUGCUGCCCACCCACGACGCCAGCAAGGUGCGUGCCAGCGGGCCGGGCCUCAACACCACCGGGGUGCCCGCCUCGCUGCCCGUCGAGUUCACCAUCGACGCCAAGGACGCCGGAGAGGGCCUGCUGGCCGUGCAGAUCACGGACCCAGAGGGCAAGCCCAAGAAGGCCAACAUCCGGGACAACCAGGACGGGACAUACCUUGUGUCCUACGUCCCGGACAUGACGGGCCGCUACACCAUCCUCAUCAAGUACGGCGGGGACGAGAUCCCCUACUCGCCCUAUCGCAUCCGCGCCCUGCCCACCGGGGACGCCAGCAAGUGCAGCGUCACAGUCUCGAUUGGCGGUCACGGCCUGGGCGCGGGCGUGGGGCCCACCAUCCAGAUCGGAGAGCAGACGGUGAUCACGGUGGACGCCAAGGCGGCGGGGAAGGGCAAGGUGACGUGCAGCGUGUGCACGCCAGAGGGGGUGGAGCUGGACGUGGACGUGGUGGAGAACGAGGACGGCACCUUCGACAUCUUCUACACGGCGCCGCAGCCCGGGGAGUACGUGAUCUGCGUGCGCUUCGGCGGCGAGCACAUCCCUAACAGCCCCUUCCAAGUGACGGCGCUGGAAGGUGCUCCGUCAGACCAGUGCAUUCAGACGAGCCAAAUGCCCCAGUACUACGUUCCACAAUCCUGGGCCACCGACCGACCCCUGGGCAUGAAUGGCAUGGAUGUGGCCGGCCUGAGACCCUUCGACCUGGUCAUCCCCUUCACCAUCCAGAAGGGAGAGAUCACCGGAGAUGUCCGCAUGCCGUCCGGCAAGGUGGCCAAGCCCGACAUCGCCGACAACAAGGACGGCACGGUCACGGUGAAGUACGCCCCGGUGGAGGCCGGGCUUCAUGAGAUGGACAUCAAGUACGACGGGAUCCACAUCCCCGGGAGCCCGCUGCAGUUCUACGUCGACUACAUGAACAGCGGUAACGUCAGUGCCUACGGCCCGGGCCUCAUCCACGGGACGGUCAACAAGCCCGCCGUCUUCACGGUCAACACCAAGGACGCAGGAGAGGGUGGGCUGUCCCUGGCCAUCGAGGGGCCAUCCAAGGCAGACAUCAGCUGCGUGGACAACCAGGACGGGACCUGCACUGUGUCCUACCUGCCCGUCCUGCCGGGAGACUACAGCAUCCUGGUGAAGUACAACGACAAGCACAUCCCCGGGAGCCCCUUCGCCGCCAGGAUCACUGGUGACGAUUCCUUGAGGAUGUCUCAACUGAAGGUGGGCUCGUCCGCUGACAUCCCGUUGGACAUCGGCGACCUGGACCUGAGUCAGCUGACGGCAUCUCUGACCACGCCCUCUGGCCGCGAGGAGCCCUGCCUGCUGAAGAUGCUCCGUGACGGACACGUUGGCAUCUCGUUCUUCCCCAAGGAGAUCGGCGAGCACCUGGUGAACAUCAAGAAGAACGGCCGCCACAUCCCGAGCAGCCCCAUCGCCGUGAUGAUCAGCCAGUCGGAGAUCGGCGACGCCAGCCGCGUGCGCGUCAGCGGCCAGGGCCUGAGCGAGGCCCGCACCUUCGAGCCCGCCCAGUUCAUCAUCGACACUCGCAACGCAGGCUACGGGGGUCUGAGUCUGUCCAUCGAGGGCCCCAGUAAGGUGGACAUCAACACGGAGGACCAGGAGGACGGGACCUGCAAGGUGACCUACUGCCCCACCGAGCCGGGGAACUACAUCAUCAACAUCAAGUUCGCAGACCAGCAUGUUCCAGGAAGUGCGUUCACAGUCAAGGUGACGGGCGAGGGCCGGAUGAAGGAGAGCAUCACGAGGAAGAGGAGAGCGGCAUCGGUAGCCAACGUGGGCAGCCAGUGUGACCUCAGCCUCAAGAUCCCAGAGAUCAGCAUAGCCGACAUGACGGCGCAGGUGACCAGUCCCUCGGGACAGGUGCACAAGGCGGACAUCAUGGAGGGGGAGAACAACACCUACUGCAUCCGCUUCGUGCCCACGGAGACCGGCGUGCACACGGUGUGCGUCAAGUACAACGGCUCCCACGUGCCCGGCAGCCCCUUCCAGUUCACCGUGGGGCCCCUGGGAGAGGGGGGCGCCCACAAGGUGCGGGCCGGGGGCCCGGGUCUGGAGCGAGCCGAGGCUGGGGUACCAGCCGAGUUCAGCAUCUGGACCAGAGAGGCGGGCGCCGGGGGGCUCAGCAUCGCGGUGGAGGGGCCCAGCAAGGCGGAGAUCGCCUUCGAGGACCGCAAAGACGGGUCGAGCGGAGUGUCCUACAUCGUGCAGGAACCUGGUGACUACGAGGUGUCCAUCCGCUUCAACGACGAGCACAUCCCCGACAGCCCCUUUGUGGUGCCUGUGGCCUCGCCCUCGGACGACGCCCGCCGCCUCACUGUUGCCAGUCUUCAGGAGUCGGGCCUGAAGGUGAACCAGCCGGCGUCGUUCGCCGUCAGCCUGAACGGCGCCAAGGGCGUGAUCGACGCCAAGGUCCACAGCCCGUCCGGAGCGCUGGAGGAGUGCUGCGUCACCGAGAUCGACCAAGAUAAGUACGCAGUGCGGUUUAUCCCCAGAGAGAACGGCCUGUAUCUCAUCGACGUCAAGUUCAACGGCAGCCACAUCCCCGGCAGUCCCUUCAAGAUCCGCGUGGGGGAGACGGGGCAGGCCGGAGACCCGGGCAUGGUGUCGGCCUACGGAGCCGGCCUCGAGGGGGGCACCACAGGCACUGCUUGUGAAUUUGUGGUGAACACCAGCAACGCGGGCCCCGGGGCCUUGGCGGUGACGAUCGACGGGCCCUCCAAGGUGAAGAUGGACUGUGUGGAGUGUUCAGAGGGCUACCGGGUGACCUACACCCCCAUGGCCCCUGGCAACUAUCUCAUCUCCAUCAAAUACGGCGGGCCCUACCACAUCGGAGGCAGCCCCUUCAAGGCCAAGAUCACCGGUUCCAAGUUGGUGUCCAGUCACAGCAUGCAUGAGACCUCCUCCGUGAUGGUGGACCCCGUGACCCGCGCCAUCAGUGGCACCCAGCAGGGGGUCCCCCCUAAAUCGGACGCCACCAAGGUGGUGGCCAAGGGCGUCGGGCUCACCAAGGCCUACGUCGGACAGAAGAACAGCUUCAGUGUGGACUGCAGCAAAGCAGGGCGGAACAUGCUUCUGGUCGGGGUGGACGGCCCCAAGGUGCCCUGUGAGGAGAUCCUGGUCAAGCAUCUGGGUAACCGGAUGUACAACGUCAGCUACCAGCUGAAGGACAAGGGGGAGUACAUCCUGGUGGUCAAGUGGGGAGACGACCACAUCCCCGGCAGCCCCUACCACAUCACCGUCUGACACCACCCACUGCACCACUCAUUCCCAGCAACUGAAAUCCUUAAUUAUAUUAUAUAACUAUCAUUGCCUGUGAUAUUGCUGUUUACAAAUUCUUUGCCUCUUGUGUUAUCGUUGAAAUACCAGGAUUUCCAGUUUCGUCAAACUCGCCUGUGUCGUGGUUUGCACAAAUUCAGUGUUUGCUGUUCAGCAAAAAAAGGCGCGUUCAGGUGAUGCGUCGUCUGUUUUGAGCGUUGCGUAGCCGCUACAAAGGUUCCUGUACGGCGAGGGGAACUCAGUGAUUGGGCGUAGCCAAAACACUGAGCCGCUUUCCAAGAAGUCCCUCAGUCGGAACGCGCCUAAUCUAAAUAUUUGGAAUUCAGAUAUCCCCUACUGCCAUUUUUGUUUUUUUUAAGAAAAAAAGGUAUCCUUUCACACUGAAUAUUACCACUACAUGUGGCACCUCUAUCAUCC